AAGUUUGUUUAUUCGCGGAAUGCAGUGUGUGAUGAAAACGUGUUAGUAAGUCACCCCCUUUUCGACUAAUGAUAAUCAAAUGAAACUGAUCGGGACGUCUGAAGACACCGUGGACCUUUUGGAACGCUUACCGGUGCCAUUUUACGCACGGAACAUGCUCGCGCUACACUGCGCUUUAACGCACCGGGAGCCGCGAUUGAAACUAUUCAGAGAGUAGCUGUCGUUGAGCAAGACAACGCGAACUGAAUUACGACCAUCUUAAAUGCAACUGCGGACGACGGACUGCGGAGUUGUUUGGAGGAAAAAAGUUUGCCCGGGCGGUCGCGGAGGUUUUGAGUCGCGAGCGUCCAACCGGUCCCGCGUCGACGGGACGGAGAGGAAAAGACGACCCAGAGAAACUGUGAUCGCUGAAUGAUUGUCAAUGUGAAUGAUUGAAAGAUACCGUCGCAGGGCAUUGACUCGAGACGCCGACAUCCCCCCCCCCCCGUCGUAGUCACGAUAAGCGUUGACUUGGCUAACAGAAGGGGUUAAACCGGAUCCAAAGGGAGUUUGGAAGAGCCAGCCUUUCUCCCCCCGUUCGGAUCAACUCAUUGGGUGGGAGCUGAGAGAGAGACAAGAGUCCCCAGCAAAUCAGGAGCUAAUUGAUUAAAGAGACUUCAUUUGAAUAGGAGGGGGGCUGGCGAGGUGCCAAUCGCCUUUCAAAGAAGCCCCCCCUGUAUGAUUAAUCGCAGAGCAUUAUUGAUAAUCAUAACGGGGCACAUGCGCGGUAGAUGGGCUCGAUUUACGUAAUUUUUGCGAAGGUUUUGUAGUCAUUUUUUAUUCUUUGCCUGCUGAUGUGCCAGCCAGCAUGUCGCGGAGGAAACAAGCGAAGCCGCAACACUUCCAAUCCGACCCUCAUCUGCCUUUAUCGGAGCACAAUGGGGACACAGAACUUUGCUCAGAGGAUCCCCCCUGCAAGGAGUCAGACGCCCACGUCUGUAGCAGAUGUUGUGCUGAGUUCUUUGAACUAUCAGAUCUUGAAGAACACCAGAAAAAUUGCUCUAAGAAUCAGCUAGUUCUGAUUGUGAAUGAACACCCCGUCUCCCCCACCGGAACUUUCUCACCUGGGUCUUCUCCGCAUAAUCCCGAUGACCAGAUGAAUGACACAGCUAAUAACACUGAUCAAACAGAGUGCAGUGACCUCUUGGAGCCAAACUCUCCUGACAAAGACGAAGCCAUGGACGUGGACGUUUCCGGAAUGAGCAGCGGUCAUGAAGAGGAAGGCAGUUACACAGAGAGCGGGAGCCCCAUCGACACAGUCGGCUGCCAUGGUGGCAGGAGCACCUCUGGCCCUGCAGUUGGUACCUCUGCUAUUUCUGCGCCUCUACCUCAGCUCAGAAACCUGUCUGACCUGGGAAACUUCUCCAUGAUCAACAGCAAUGUUAUAAUUGAAAAUCUGCAAAGCACCAAAGUGGCCGUGGCCCAAUUCUCCCAAGAGGCCCGUAACACAGGGGGCCCCAGGGUGGCAGUGCCCGCCCUUAUGGAGCAGCUCCUCGGCCUACAACAGCAACAGAUCCACCAGUUGCAGCUUAUCGAGCAGAUUCGCCAUCAGAUACUGCUACUGGCCUCCCAGUCCCCGGAACUGCAGGUGCCCCCGACUUCUGCUCCAGGCACAAUGGGGCCUGCUGCCAACCCACUGACCACACUCAGCUCACAUCUUUCCCAGCAGCUGGCUGCAGCCGCAGGCCUAGCCCAGAACCUGGCCAGUCAGUCCGCCAGUAUUAAUAGCCUAAAGCAGCUGGCUGCAGCAGCACAGCUACCUCAGUCCAACCCAAGCAGCAGUGAGACAUCUCAGAGCAUUAGCACACUGGGGCCAUCAACAGUCAACACCCAAUCCUCUGACAAGAGGCCGAAUCAUAUGAGUAGCCUCCACUCUCAGCUCAGCAACUCCUCCCUCACCAAGUCAUCCACGCCAGCAUUCGGAAUGGGAAGCCUGAUAAGCUCUGCAGUGAAUCCCCUUCUACCUCAGCCCCCACCUGGUAACCCAAUAUUUUCCAGCUCUUUGCCCAGUGUUGGCACCACCGUAGAGGACCUCAACUCUUUAGCAGCUUUGGCCCAGCAGAGGAAAGGCAAGCCGCCAAAUGUCACUUCAUUUGAACACAAGAGCAGCACUGAUGAGGCUUUCUUCAAGCAUAAGUGCAGGUUUUGUGGCAAGGUGUUUGGAAGUGACAGUGCCUUGCAAAUCCACCUGCGCUCUCACACUGGCGAGAGACCGUACAAGUGUAAUAUAUGUGGCAACCGCUUCUCCACCCGGGGUAACCUGAAGGUGCAUUUCCAGCGCCAUAAAGAAAAAUACCCACACAUCCAGAUGAACCCCUACCCUGUUCCUGAGCAUUUAGACAACAUACCAACAAGCACCGGCAUCCCAUACGGCAUGUCCAUGCCUCCUGAGAAACCUGUCACCAGCUGGCUGGACAGCAAACCAGUUUUGCCCACAAUGACUUCCUCAGUUGGCAUGUUGCUGCCACCAACCAUGCCGAGCUUGCCCCAUUUCAUCAAAAAGGAAGAUCAUUCAAUAGCCAUAACUAGCCCUUCUGUCGCAAAGAGUGUCUUGGGCACUACUGAGCCUUCAGCUAAAUGUAUGGACCGGGUGUCUGAAGAAGGUGAAGGUGCAACUUUGCCUACCUCAAAUGGGAGAACUGAAGAAGGCAGCCACUCCUCAGGCUUCAUGACAAACGUGAGCUCGGCCUCAGAAAGCACUGCUGACUACACAACAUCAAACAGUCCGCCCAUGAUGACCAACCCCCUCAUGCCUCUUAUGUCUGAUCAGUUCAAGGCUAAAUUCCCCUUUGGCGGUAUCCUAGAUCCUCUCCAGGGGUCAGAGACCUCCAAGCUACAGCAGCUUGUGGAGAACAUCGACAGGAAGGUGGCAGACCCAAAUGAAUGUGUCAUCUGCCACCGGGUGCUGAGCUGCCAAAGUGCUCUUAAAAUGCACUACCGCACUCACACCGGGGAAAGGCCCUUCAAGUGUAAAAUCUGUGGCAGGGCCUUUACCACCAAGGGUAAUCUUAAGACUCACUACAGCGUCCAUAGGGCCAUGCCUCCCCUGAGGGUCCAACACUCCUGUCCUAUUUGUCAGAAGAAGUUCACAAAUGCCGUGGUUCUUCAGCAACACAUCCGCAUGCACAUGGGUGGGCACAUCCCCAACACCCCUCUACCAGAGAGUUACCCAGAGUCCAUGGUCUCUGACACUGGGUCAUUUGACGAGGGAAACAUUGAUGAUCUGGACAACUUCUCUGAUGACAACUUUGAAGGAAUGGAGGAGGGCCCAGACAGCAGUGUGCCAGACACACCGAGGUCAGCUGAAGCGUUUCAUGACAGUCUAUGUAACUCCCCAGCCCUCCAUGAAUUGUCAAGCCAGGAGGGGAGAGAGAGAAAUGGAGAAGAAAGUGCCCACAAUAAUGAAACCGAGGAGCUACAAGUCAUCCAAAUGAGGGCUAUGGCAAACGGCUUUGUUGAGAGAGAUUGCUUCACCAAUGACUCCUCGUCUUUAGGAGGGGAUGUUGACAGCCAAAGUCCCGGGAGUCCAGCUGUGUCAGAAUCUACCUCCUCCAUGCAGGCACCAUCCCCCAUUAGCAUGCAGCCACAACCACGCAAAUCCCCUAGUCUCGAAGAAAGGCACCAGAGGGCAUUAUCGUUGGAGCACACCACUGCAAGCCUCUUGCACUCUAACCCCUCCAACAUUGGAGCACUGGACCUGACAUCUGUCAAUCCCUCAAAAGAUCCCUUAGGCAUGUUAUUCCCCUUCCGUGAGCGUAGCAUCAUCAAGAACACAUCCUGUGACAUCUGUGGGAAGACCUUCGCUUGUCAGAGUGCCUUGGACAUUCACUAUCGAAGCCAUACCAAAGAACGGCCAUUUAUUUGCACGGCCUGCAACAGGGGUUUCUCCACCAAGGGCAACCUCAAGCAGCACAUGCUCACCCAUCAAAUGAGAGACCUGCCCUCACAACUCUUUGAGCCGUCAAACACGAGCCUGUCCUCCAGCCCAACCCCUUCCCUUCUCUCUGUAGGCUCUGUUAACAAACCAGAGGUUAAUGGCUUCCUCCAUAGCCUCCACAUAGAAAACAAGGAAAUGCCCUCUGGCUUGGUCACAUCAUCUGCCUCCACGUCCCCAGUGCUUUCUGCCGCUCCGCAACGGAGGACGCCCAAGCAACACUUCUGCAACGCCUGCGGGAAGUGUUUCUCCUCCUCCAGCGCUCUGCAGAUCCACGAGAGAACCCACACAGGGGAGAAGCCCUUUGCCUGCAGCAUCUGUGGCCGAGCCUUUACCACCAAAGGAAACCUCAAGGUCCACAUGGGCACGCACAUGUGGAACAGCGCUCCCGCCAGACGUGGGCGCAGGCUCUCUGUGGACGGGCCAAUGGCCUUCCUGGGUGCAAACCCCGUCAAGUUUCCUGAAAUCUUCCAGAAGGACAUGGCAUCAAGGGCGAGCAACGGGGACCCAACCAGCUUCUGGAACCAGUACGCCGCAGCCUUCUCCAACGGCCUGGCGAUGAAGACCAACGAAAUCUCUGUCAUCCAGAACGGAGGCCUCCCACCCAUGUCGGGCAGCAUGAUAAAUGGGGGUAGCUCUCCCAUCGGUGGCAUGACCGGCAGCCUCGACAAGCUGCACAGCAUGGAGCCCAACGCUGCCCUUGCAGGUUUGGAGAAAAUGGCCAACACGGAGAACGGGGCCCACUUCCGGUUCACUCGCUUCAUGGAGGAUAAUAAAGAAAUCGUCACCAGUUAAAGUGAAUGUCCUCGGGUUGCGCACGGACACAUAUUGUACACACAUGUAGACAAACAAGAAAGAGAACAAGACAGGGACAAAAUCAACUGAACUGCUUUGCUCGCCAUUGAAUCUUUACGAACACGAGUGUGAAGACAAGUUGCUUUUUUUGUACAAUGUACAUGUUAUAGUUUUACGGAGCUUAUUUAUUAGUGAUUAUAACCUUGCUUGAAACCAAGUGGAAGCAUUAACAGUUAGGUUUUUGUUUGUUUUAAAGCCAGAAUGGGUAUGUAUGGGUGCUUAAAAAAAUGUGCUUUUGAAACUUAGAAUAUCUGGGUAGAUAACCUUACCUUGGCAUUAAGUUAUUUUCUGUCUGUAGUAGCUAUAACCGAACUGUCGAUGUACAUGUGAUGCAUUAGCCCUGUAAUAAGCAAACAGACUUGCUGUAAAUACUGUACACUGAUCUUCUGUAGAUGGUCUAACAUCUGUGUGUUCAUGCCCCCCCCCCCUCCCCCCCUCUUUCCUCAUUCAAGCAAAACAAUGACAUUCAGGCAAGGGACUCAAUUAUGUCGUAGUUCCUUUCUUUCCAACUGAUAUUUACUUUAUUUUAUUUAAGGAUGACAAAACAUUGAAGCUUGCUACAAUUCAAGGGUUUCUUUAGUGUUGACUUUUGUUGUUACCGUUUCUGUGUAUUGUACUUUUUACUUUUUAUUUUCUUCCAUAUUUCCCCCUCAAUUUUUUUUUUUUGUUGCUCGUAUUUUUGGUGUUGGUGAAAGCAAGACAGAAGGGAACAUUUGGUGUGGCCCAUUUACUGGCUUUUGGAACUGAGACAGCCAAUCAAAUGAGCAGGAUUCUCCUUCAGUUCUCAGCUGGAUUUCCACGUUGCUGCUAUGUCCCAGCAUCCUCACUGACAUCAAGUGCAAAGUUAUGUGUUGAAGCUUCUGUAAAUACGCUCAGACGUGGAAAUAAAAACUCCCUCGUAAGAAAAAUGUACAUAGAGCUCACACAAGAGAAGUCCAUCACGGCCAUGGGACAAAAUGAUAGUGUUUUUAUAAAUAUAAAUAUAUAUUAGGUUUGACAACCUUCGGACUGUUACAUGCACUUUCUUGGAAAGUUGGAAGAUCUUUAUGGGUCCAGUUUCUCUACACUUUAAUACCUACUAACAACUAAGAUACUGUAAUUCUUUACUCUAAUAAUCAAAUACAUCAGUUUUCCAAAAGAAACAUUGUGCGUGUGUGUGUGUGUACUUUUAUUCCCAUCUUUAUUUAUCGUACUGUUGGAUCUAUACUGGUAAUUCUUUUUUUUUCACGCAUCAAACGUUGACAAUCAUUU